AUAUAGGGAGGUUGCAUGCCAUUUCUAAUACUAUGCAGCCACGCAUCUGUCUGCCCAUCCCUCACACCAUCCUCGUCACUCUCUUUUCAUUUUUCUUUUUCUUUCUCUUUAUUCUCUCGCUCUCUUUUAACACAACAAACAAAAAACUUAUAUAAAAUCCCCUUCCUUCUUCAUCUCUUUCAUUCAUUCAUUCAAUUAAACCCAAACACAAUACUCCUUCAAUGUUUCCCUAAGAUUUAAUUUCUUUCUAGCCCAGAAAACUGAGAAAGAUUUUUCAUUACGAUUUUAUCAUUUUAUUUUUUUUUUGCUUCUCAUUCCAGAAAUGGAUUCCCUUUGUGCUGAUCAACAACAACAACAACACCACAAGUUUCAUCACUCUCACCAGCUCUAUCUUGGCGGCAAGAAAAGCCUGAGAGAAAUCGACAUCCCACCCAGAAAGCUUCUCAGCCGCCGUGCCGCCGCCGCCGCCGCCGUGGCCCACCUUGAUUCUUCCGACCAUCAUUUCUUCAUGGAUUCCCCGAAAUCGCUUCAUCACGAGGAGGCCGCCCUGCUUCAGAAAUUCUUGCCUUACAACAACAUUGAUGAGGACGACGAUGACGAUGCUGAUCCCUACUCUUCUGAUCAUUUCAGGAUGUAUGAAUUUAAGGUCAGGAAGUGUACCCGCAGCCGCAGCCAUGAUUGGACCGACUGCCCUUUUGCUCAUCCCGGUGAAAAGGCCCGGAGGAGGGACCCGCGAAGGUUCCAUUACUCCGGCACGGUUUGCUCGGAGUUUCGCCGGGGAAAUUGCAGCCGCGGCGACAACUGCGAGUUCGCACACGGGGUGUUUGAAUGUUGGCUUCACCCAACCCGCUACAGAACAGAGGCUUGCAAAGAUGGGAAGAAUUGCAAGAGGAAGAUUUGCUUCUUCGCUCACUCUCCCCGCCAGCUGCGUGUUUUGCCGGCAAGCUGUCACGAAACUACUCCGGCCGCUUCGUCGUCUCCGGUGGUCGAGAGGAAGCACCACCGGAAUCUGAAUGUGAAUCCUUGCUGCAUGUGUUGCCACUCUGUUUCGGCUUCACCCACCUCGACUUUAAUGGGAAUGUCCCAUUUAUCACCUCCCCUGUCUCCAUCCCUUUCGCCGCCGCUUUCCCCGGUGACAGCCCGAUUUUCGCCGGUUUCGAGGUACAAAGAUCAUUAUGGAGUUGUUGAGCCAUGUGGGUUGGCUAAUCAAUUUAAUUCCGUUGACGGCGGUAUGGCCGGAAUGAGUUACAAGGAUGCAUUGACCGAAUUGAUGACUUCUCUUGAGACAAUGCAAUUGAGUGAGGUUUCUCCUCAUCAUCAUGCAGCAGCUGCUAGAACAAGCAACAUGCCUGGGAAUUUGUCAUGGAUUGAUGUGAAUUUCAAUAAUGGAGUUGAUGAUCAGCCACAGUUUAUUAUGUCUCCUUCGACUCCUAGUCCAGCUGCAGGGACUACAAACAAGUUUUUCCACAGGAAUUUUAAUCCAGUCAGGAGUUUCAAUCUCGAAGAAAGCAAGUGCAUUAGUACUUCUACUGCUAAUGAUCAGAAUACUGGAUUGGUUGGACCUGAUUUUGGUUGGGUCAAUGAUCUCUUGACCUAACAUUGUUGUGCAAAAUCAAGAUGAUGAUGAUGAUGGUGAAAAUUAGGAGGAGAAAAGGAGUAUGAUUUUUGUAUAUAUAAUCGUUUUGCUAUGCAUGCGUCCACACAAAUUUUUCUGCUGCAACAGAUGAAGAAGAUUAAUGGUUGUGUGAGAUUGAAACUCUCUCGGAGGAGGAGGAUCGUUCGAUGGGAUGUGAUUAUUUUCGUUCAAAUAUUUUUGCUUUGGAUUUUUAAAUUUCUACUGAUGCUGGUCUUAAGCUAGCAAUUUGUUGCUACGAAUUGAAUGUUGUUGAAUUUUUCUGGUCCUUUUGUCAGGUGUUAAUAUUUGGAAGGGUUUAAAUUUAUCCUUGGUUGUCUUCUGUAGAUGUGUUUUUUGCUUUAACAAUGUAACGAGUGAGUGAAAAGGGAUUGUCUGAUGAUGAUUGAUCAUUUUCUUUCACCCCCUUUGUAAAAGAUUGAUGACUCCGAAUGUGUACUAAACUAAAUAAAUUAUUAUGCAUUAUGUCUUUCGAUUUAACCUUCAUUUGGC